UUUUUUAUUGAUUCGUCGAGAAUCAGAAACUGUUCUUCCCAGCCGCCCGUAGAAGACCGGAGCUUUCCACAUAGAGAUCCAUCACGAGUUAGCGCAAACCGCUGGACGAGACAGCACGCAAAGUAGGCUGAGUACCAGACGUUUCGUCCUACAUUUCCCGCUUGACUGGUCUUCCAAGGAUUCGCUUCUGCAAUCGCAAUUCAGUCGACAGAGAUCCCGUACUUCACACGAAAUCAGCAUGAGCACCAACGAGACCAAGACGGCUCGCAGCCGCGUCUUCUUCGAUAUUACCAUUGGCGGGAAACCGGCCGGUCGCGUCACGUUUGAGCUCUACAAUGACAUCGUCCCCAAGACGGCCGAGAAUUUCCGCGUCCUGUGCACUGGCGAGAAGGGAGUCGGUAAGGCCGGCAAGCCGCUGCACUACAAGGGCUCCAGCUUUCACCGGGUCAUCAAGCAGUUCAUGAUCCAGGGCGGUGACUUCACUGCUGGCAACGGCACUGGUGGCGAGUCCAUCUACGGUGCCAAGUUCGAGGACGAGAACUUUGAGCUGAAGCACGACCGUCCUUUCCUGCUGUCCAUGGCCAAUGCUGGUCCUGGAACCAAUGGCUCACAGUUCUUCAUCACCACGGUCCCGACCCCGCACCUUGACGGCAAGCACGUCGUGUUCGGCGAAGUCCUCAGCGGCAAGUCGGUGGUGCGCCAGAUCGAAAACCUCCGGACCCAGGCCGACAAGCCCGUCAAGGACGCCAUCAUCGCCGACUGCGGUGAGCUCUCCCCGUCCGAGGCCGUUGGCGCCGACACCAAGGCGCCGGACGCGUACGGUGACGAGUACGAAGACUUUCCCGAGGACCAAGUGACCGGCGACGAGGUUGUCUCGGCCUCCCAGAUUCUCAAGAUUGCGACCGACUGCAAGGACUUUGGCAACAAGGCCUUCAAGGCCGGCGACCUCAGCGUCGCCCUCGACAAGUACCAGAAGGGCCUCCGGUAUCUGAACGAGGACCCGGACCUGGACAACGAGCCGGCCGAGACGAAGCAGCAGAUGGACGCGCUGCGCGUCAGCCUUAACAGCAACGCGGCGCUGAUGAAUCUGAAGUUGGGUGCGUGGGAUGAGACCGUCCGUGCGGCGGACAGCGCUCUGGCUGUCUCGACUAUCUCGGACAAGGACAAAGCCAAGGCGCUCUAUCGCCGCGGGUAUGCGCAGGUGCGCUUGAAGGACGAGGAUGCCGCGCUCGAAAGUCUGGAGCAGGCCAAGAAGCUUGCGCCGGAGGAUACGGCCAUCAAUGCUGAGCUGGCUACGGUCAAGAAGGCGGCCGCAGCUAGGGCCGCGAAGGAAAAGGCUGCCUUCAAGAAGUUCUUUAGUUGAGGAGGGGUUGAUUGUAUUUCAAGGCAGAAACCAUGAUACCAUGGGCCACUGUUGGGCGAAUACCCGUCAGGAAUCAGGCGUGAAUCGACAGAGAUCCCCGUGAUCCUGAGAAGAUGGUGAGCCUAAGUUUUCCUAGAGAUGCCUGCUGAUAUCCGUGGCAAGAAUAAUGAUGUUUUUUUUCAGGGCUAGUGACGCAGCCAGACUCUCAACGACCAAGUGAAGAUGCUCGCUUCACCCGCUUGGCUUGUCGUAACCAGAUAGAUGAUACGUGUACACAAAAGAUACCUCCACAUAUGCGGCGAAGCCGAGGAACUCUUGCUCCCAUACAUAUAUGCAUAGCCAGCGCUGCUAACCCGGGUCUUAAGUGG